AAAUGUUUUGCCAAGAAAACCCUUCUGUUCGGGAGACAGAGCUGGCUUUCUCCCUCGCCAUUCACUCUCCCUCAGCCUGUACGAAAAAUGAAAAACCAACGUUGCAGAACAAUGAGAAAGAAGUGAAGAAAGAGCGAGCAGUGGUGGACAGAGUAUUUGUUGCAAGAAUAUGUCGAAUCUUGAAAAUAAUGGUCCCUAAAACAUUUUGUAAAGAGACAGGUUAUUUGAUGCUUAUUGCUGUUAUGCUGAUAGUACGCACAUAUUGUGAUAUUUGGAUGAUUCAAAAUGGAACAGUCAUUGAAAGUGCUAUCAUUGGUCGCAGCAGGAAAGAUUUCAAGAAGUACUUGUUCAAUUUCAUCGCUGCCAUGCCUGCAAUCUCUCUGGUGAAUAACUUUUUGAAGUACGGGCUAAAUGAACUUAAACUUUGUUUCAGAGUAAGACUUACCAAAUACCUCUAUGAGGAAUAUCUACAGGCUUAUACAUAUUAUAAAAUGGGAAAUCUGGAUAACAGAAUAGCUAAUCCAGAUCAACUGCUGACACAGGAUGUGGAAAAAUUCUGUAACAGUGUUGUGGACCUCUAUUCAAACCUUAGUAAGCCAUUUCUGGAUAUAGUUUUGUAUAUCUUCAAGCUGACAAAUGCAAUAGGAGCUCAGGGUCCCGCUAGCAUGAUGGCCUACUUAAUAGUUUCAGGGUUUUUCCUUACACGUCUAAGGAGACCCAUUGGUAAGAUGACAAUCACAGAACAAAAAUAUGAAGGGGAGUACAGAUAUGUCAAUUCACGGCUCAUUACAAACAGUGAAGAAAUUGCUUUUUAUAAUGGGAAUUUAAGGGAAAAACAGACGAUUCACAAAACCUUUCAUAAACUGGUGGAACAUUUGCAUAAUUUCAUCUUGUUUCGGUUUUCUAUGGGCUUCAUAGACACGAUCAUAGCCAAAUACCUAGCUACUGUGGUUGGUUAUCUGGUUGUUAGUCGUCCAUUUCUGAACCUGGCUCAUCCUCGCCAUCAAAACAGUACCCAUUCCGAACUUCUGGAGGAUUACUACCAAAGCGGAAGAAUGUUAUUGAGAAUGUCUCAAGCGCUGGGUAGAAUAGUCCUCGCAGGCCGUGAAAUGACCAGAUUGGCUGGCUUCACAGCGCGAAUUACAGAAUUAAUGCAAGUAUUGAAGGACUUAAACCGGGGAAAAUAUCAGCGUACUAUGGUAUCGCAACAAGAAAAAGAUGGAGAUAGAACUCAAACUAUUCCCUUAAUACCUGGGACUGGAGAAAUUAUCAACACUGAUAAUCUUAUCAAGUUUGAUCAUGUUCCAUUAGCAACACCUAAUGGAGACAUUUUGAUUCGAGACCUUAAUUUUGAGGUUCGGUCUGGUGCAAAUGUUUUGAUUUGUGGGCCAAACGGAUGUGGGAAGAGUUCCCUUUUUCGUGUUCUUGGUGAGUUGUGGCCUCUGUUUGGUGGAUGUCUAACCAAGCCUGAAAGAGGAAAGCUUUUCUAUGUCCCUCAGAGACCAUAUAUGACACUAGGAUCUCUCCGAGACCAAGUAAUAUAUCCAGAUACUGUAGAAGACCAGAGGAAGAAGGGGAUAUCUGACCAGGUGCUGAAGGAGUAUCUGGAUAAUGUCCAGUUGGGUCAAAUCCUGGAACGUGAAGGAGGCUGGGAUAGUGUUCAGGACUGGAUGGAUGUGCUGAGCGGAGGAGAGAAACAGAGAAUGGCAAUGGCAAGGUUAUUUUAUCAUAAACCUCAGUUUGCAAUUCUGGAUGAAUGUACAAGUGCUGUUAGUGUUGAUGUAGAAGGCUACAUUUACAGUCAUUGUCGAAAAGUUGGUAUCACUCUCUUCACUGUAUCCCACAGGAAGUCUCUCUGGAAACACCACGAUUUUUACCUGCACAUGGAUGGUAGAGGAAACUAUGAGUUCAAGAAGAUAACUGAAGACACAGUUGAAUUUGGAUCUUAAAAUCUAUAAAGCUGCAACAACAACAGAGACUGAUAAUUACAGAGAACAUGUAGAAAGGAAAAAUACAUAGUAACUAAAACUACUUGGCUUGUUUUUAAACAAAUUAACUAGUUAGAGGAUAACCCAAAGCAAGCUGUUAAGCAUUUAUUAUUAUGUAGGAUAUUGCUAAUUGUGUAUAUGUUGGUUUAAUUAUUAAUAUGUACUAAGAAUGUCCUUAUUCUUGUGGUUAACAACCUGCCUAAAUUAAAUUGGGCUUAAAUCAAUGUAACCUGAUUCAUCCUGGGAUGUAAACCAUUUGAAGUCAGCUGAUUUGACUUUUAUGGGCCUUCCUUUCCUUCAGUGAAGAACUCUGUCAAAAAUUAGGGUUGCUACCCCUCCUGUUUCUGGCAACAACUGUGGAUUUUCACUGUCUUCUCUAUGCAUACUUCUGAACUAUCCCAUAUGGUGCACGAUGCCCUCCUAUUUUAAUAGCUACAUCCUGCUAUCCUGUACAGUGCCAGACCUGGGUAGAGGCCAAGCUUUGUGAUGGGUGUUUGUAUGUGCAGCAUUUCUGGUGCAAGGUGGGCUGAAUCCAAGUUGGCAGGGGCCUAAUUCCAUCUGCUAUUGAAGAGAUUAGGCCUCAUCUCCUGUUGGAUCCCUUGGCCCUUUCAGCCUGUCUGUCCUCAGAUCUCCUCUGUGUGUCUCUCUCCCAUUCUUCACCCUUUCAACAAAAGCAAUGCUGCACUGUGUUCUUUUCCUUUUCUGAGGAAGGAAGAGGAGGCAAGUGGAGAGAGUUGGGAAGAAAAUGAGAUGGAAGGGAACUCAACAAAAAUGAUAGUAGUAAAAAAGGUAUUUCAGGGGUCAGGGUGCUUGAAUAUUUUUCAUUUGGGGUUGUGUAGGCUCCCAUGACAGCUCUAGGAAAUCGGAGUAUGAUUUUAGUUCCCACAGCAAUGGUGGAAGAGGGAAAAUGAUUAAAAGACCAAUCUGCCUGUUGAAGUCAAAGAAGUUUUGCCACCAACAUUAAUGGGCUCCAGCAUUGGGUGCAAAGUGUAUCCUCCUAAAAUGCUUGGUAUCCCUCCUUGAAAACUUUCUGUUGCUCAGAAGCAGACUUUAAACUGUCCUCUUUGCUCCCAUUACUGGGAUGUGGUGAUGAUCGACCAUCCGAGUCUCUUUGUCCCUCUUAUUAACAUAGGCUGUAUGCCGUUCAGCUGCUGUAUAAGUUUUGGUUUUAAGAAGGUGUGAUGAUGGUAGCCUCUGUUUUGCUUUCCACCGUUUUAUGUGAUGUCGGGGAUGCCACAUCUCAAAAUUAAUUAAAAGUUGACUUCACUUCCCGAGUGCUUUUUUAGGCAAUUUUAAUGUAAAUUAGUAAAUCAUCAUUAACGGUCCUCAAACAGAGGUACAUGGAUCACUAGUCUGUGGAUUGCUGAUUUUUUUUUUUUUUUUUUUGUAUUCCAACUGUCAAACCUCAUUAAAGGACAGCUACAAAUACAUUAGAUGCUUUUCCUAAUAUUACUUUUCCAUGUAAACAGUCAGUGUAGUUGCCACAUGAUUUUAAAGAAAUCACAAAUGCAAAAAGAUGGUUUGUGUGAUCAGGAAUUGGAGACUUGUGGUCCAUGAGAUCUGUGUUGUCCACACUGUGGGGAAAAAAAAAUCCCUGCCAUACAUUCUGGUGGCUCUGUAGUGUUGCACACGUGAUGUAACAUAGGAAUGCACUACAUGAAGACAUGCACUAAAUACACAAUAAAUGUGAUCUCUGUAAAUUUUA